AUGUCACUCGGUCUGCAGGACACGCCCCUUCUGCUUAUAUUCCCUGGUUGGGGUGAGGCCGGGCCCCGCAGCCCCUCCGCUCCUCCUCAGCUGACACCGCAGACCAGCAAAGAUGCACACAGUAAGUCUGAUCCUCUUCUCUGUGUGUGUGUGUGUGUGUGUGUGUGUGUGUGUGUGUGUGUGUGUGUGUGUGUGUGUGUGUGUGUGUGUGUGUGUGUGUGUGUGUGAACUCUGCUCUAACUCAGACUGCAGACUCAUCCUCGACUCGGACUCUGAAAAACCGUCUCUUUUUGAAGGUCUGGGUUGAUUUUCCUUUUAUGGUCAAACAUCUGCUCACUCAUCUCCUCCGAACCCCAAACCCACUCCUGAUCAACUCCUCCUGACUGCUGCAGAUGUUUGACAAUGAAGGAGCUGUGGAGGUCUUUACAUCGACCCUGCAGAGUCCUCAUGACCCUGAAGAAGAGACUCGUUUAUGUCUCGGUCUCUGCUGGACUCUGACCCAGAUCAGAUCCUCAUACAGGCCUGAGUCACUCUUGUCUGGGUUUAGCUCCAGGGCUGGACGUGUGUUUGGAGAGGAGACAUCUGCAGAGCGUCAGACAGCAGGACAGAGAAGAUGCUGCUGAGUUCAGAGUCUCAGGGUUCGCUUUAAGAGUCUUUUUCACCCAGUCUUUAGUCCAGUAUUUGUUGAAGAUCUUCUGGGUCAGCUGAGGGACAGAUCCGUCCCCCUCUGCUAUCUCUGAGGUGUGUCCCUCAGUGUACAGUAGACAGAUUCCUUCAGAGCGGCGUGUUCCAGCUCUGCUCUCAGCUCUGCUCUCGGCUCUGCUCUCAGCUCUGCUCUCGGCGGUGUCAUGUGUUAUUCACAGACUUUACAGUCAGACCCCAACAUGCUGAGAAUGUCAGACUGAAGCCACACCUCUGCUGGAUCUGGAUCUAGUGUGUGUAUCUCUAUGUUGACUGUCACUCUGAUCACAAUCAUUUAUUUAUUUAACCAGGUUUGUCCCACUGAGAUCUGAGGAGACCUGACCGAGAACGGCAGCAAAACAACAAACAGUCACACAGAUUAAAUACAGAACGAAAAUGUGAGGAAACAGUUAAAACAGAGACAUUCUCAGAGUUUGGACUAGGGCCCGUUUUUAGCCUGUUUGAGACUAAUCGGCCAAAACUCGCAGAUGUGGAGAAUAAGAUUCGGUUUCGAAAAGUUCCUCAACUUAUCCUGUAGAUGGCGCUACAGCGACCUCAUGACAAUCCUCAUCCACUAACUACCUCAGAGGAGAGUGGUCCGCCUCAACGGUAAAUAAACCAGUUUGUGAAAAACACAAUAAGUCAACAAGUUUCAGUUCAACCCACUUCACCAUGUUCCCGCUGUGCUGGUCUCGGUCACGCCCAGUUAACGCUGAAGCACCAUGGGAUAUGAAGCUAAAGUUAGAGUUAGCCACCUGCUAUUAGCCUUGCUACACUGUUAGCCGUGUCAGUAACGGUAGAAUAAACAACAGUACACAUUAGUGAUCGAGCGACUUCUCUGACUGACGCAGCUGCAUGUCUCCAGAUGAGACCGGACCGGAAAUGAGGAACGGGAGAUAAGACGUGGAGGCAUCGAUCGGCGGCGGGUGGGCGGGGGUAGGUAGUUGAAAACGCUUUUCUGGUCCGAGUUUGAUCAGUCGGUCUUCCUGUCAGCAUGAAGAGCAGUAGCCUACAGUAUAUCUACAGAAUAUAUAUUUUUUAUAAGUUAAUAAAAAAACUUUCGGUAAUCAGAUUCCCCCCCCCCCUAAUAAUCGGUAUCGGCAUCGGUCCCAAAAAAUCCAUAUCGGUCGGGCCCUAGUUUGGACUCCAGCCUUUUAACUGCAGAUUUAAAAACAGUCAAAAACACAAAGUUUAAAUUAAAUUCAGCUUAAAUUCAGCCUGCAGAUUAUUUAUUAUUCCACACAGAAGGAGCAGAGAACCUGAAAACCUUCUUUCCUAUUUCAGUUCAGACUCUGGGGACAAUGACCUGUAUAACUCUCAAUGAUCUCAGGUUGUGUAAUUCAUCCUUUAAGAUCAAUAAGGAGGAAAGUUUUUCCUAGAAUGUCUUUGUAAAUGAAAACGUACCAAUGACUGAGCCGAAAAGUUCUUAAAGAAGUCCAACUGACUUUGGAGUCUGAAGUAAAAAUCCACAGUUUGUUAUAAAUCUCAGCGUCCAUGGUAACACUGUCCAACAUUUUCAGACUCUGGGCAGAGGCAUUCAUGUCUAAAACAUCAUCAUAAUCAAGAAGAGGUCAGAAUGUCGACUCCACAAGUUUCUGUUUAACAUGAAAAGACAAAUGGGACUCGUUUCUAUAGUAAAACCUUCAGCUUUCUAACAACACGCUGAAUAUGUUCUUUAAAAGACACUUAAAGGUUCUUAAAAGACACAAACUCAAUUUCUUGACCAUCAAUAUUAACAAUAUUCUCUGACAGAGUUUCUUGUGAUGCUCCUGUAGAGGAAAACAAGUUUAGUUAGUGAGUUUAUGACGGAUUAUUCCUGAAGAAGAUGAUCUACAGCAGUGGGUCGCAAACAGCUGGUCAAAAAAGUUACUGUUUAAUGUUUGACAUGUCUUUUAUUUUGAAAAAUAGCUUAUUUUGAAAGGCAGACAUCAUGUCGUGUUCCUCCUCAUUAAUGUGUCCUGAAUGCAGUAAAAAUAGUUUUUAUUUUUGUCUUUAUUUUGUGCGGUUUGAUAUUUUCUGUACACAAAACUUCAGUCGUUGUCGUCCUCAGUUGCUCUGAGAUGCACUUUACUCAAUAAAAACAGGUGUAUAUAUUACAUAUACUGUAUACAUAUAUAUAUAUAUAUAUAUAUAUAUAUAUAUAUAAACAUAUGACCUGCUGAGCUCAGAUCAGUUAAAUUAUUAAAUUAUUUCUGAUUUAAAUCUAAGAAUGGCGUUUCUUCACAUCACUUCCUGUUCACUCGUCUGAUGCCCGUUUUUAGGAUCUUGUGCAGAUCUGCUGACUCUCCUCACUAUCAGACUUGUAAUCUUCCCCCUCAAGCUCAGUUUUUCUCAGUAUGACUCGCUCGUGUCCUCGGAGGGCGGCUGCAGUUGUUCUUGUUGCCAUGGCGACUGCCAACCGUCCUCUCCCUGAUGCCUGACUUGGCAGAGUGACAGGAUGUUUAAGCAGCGGUGAUGUGUGUUUAUGAAGGUUUCUUUCUCCUCGGUGAUCCCCCGCCACAUGUGCGGAGUCGGCCGAUAUUUCCGCUCUGCUGUCGGACCUCCUUAUAGGAAAAUGUGUCUCACUUUAACAGACCUUCUCAUUUUACAGUGAACCUCUGCCAAAGUCUGCGUGGAGGAAAAAAAGAGCAGAUCAGGAGGAUAAUUGAAAACACAUGUUUGGUCCUUUUCAGGGGCUGCAGGGAUCUCAGCGGUGUCUCCACCUCCAUUAAAGCUCUCUGUCUUCUUCUGUUCAGGGUAUGAUCGUCAAGAACAUGUCCUUCAAGGUCGGGCAGACCCUGACCCUUGGAGGAGUCACCAAACCUGAUGCCACAAAGUGAGUCUGUAUAACACUAAAGGAUUAUGGGAAACAAAAAACUUCUAAAAUCAAGUUAUGAUGCACGGCGAGGAGGAGUUUAGUCACAGUCACGUGACCAAACAUCUGAGUUCAGGUCAUAAAAACGACCUGCUGAGUCAUGAAAACAUGUUGGGACAUUUGGGCAUUUCAGAGCGAGACAUGUUCUGAACAUUCAAACUGUUUUUAAAAGAAGAAAAAGGUUUGAGUGUUUAAAUGUUAAAGCUCCUGUGAGGAAUAGUUUGGUUUGUGUUGACUUUGGCGCCCCCUGUGGCCAAUCAAAUUCCCCUCCUUAACCCUCGAACACUCUCACUAAAAUUAGUAACACCAUCACUAUCAGGUGAUUUUACCUGAAAUAAAAAACCCAAGUGAUGUUUUCCCGUCCUGCGAUAUUCCAGCAUUUAUUUUUCGGAUCACAGUCGAUUUUUCUAAAGUUUCUCAGACUGUGUGUCCACUUCUGACCAAUCAGAUUGUGUGUUGUUGCGACACCAGAUUCAGCGGUAUAUCCAACAUGGCCGACUGGCUGAGAACAGAGUGAUUUUCAUCUCAAUCGUCCACCUUUGCAUAUGUUUUGUCAUAAAUUUAUUAAAUGUUCCGUGACCGUUUUUACUGUAACAGCAGCUGAAACUGAACAAACAAACUUUCCUCUCAUUAAAUAGAUUCAUUAUAAAUAAAUGAUAAAUAUCUUCCUCUCUCGGAAAGUCUACCCGGACUAAUUUUAUCUGAUUUUAUCUGCUGACUGUUUUUACUGUUUUGCUCUGUUGCUGGGUUGUUACUGUUAUUGUUGUCUCGUUGUGCACUUUGAGAUCUGUUUUUAGAUGUAAAGUGCGUUACAAAUCAAAUCUAUUAUUAUUAUUAUUAUUAUCUUUCCUCAGACACACGGCUUGUCGCUGUUCCGUGUCAAUCGGCUCCCUGAAAUUUUUAUGUCUUCUCACUUCCACCCGGGACGCUGUAUGAUGGUAAGGGAAAGUCCCGCCCUCCUUCACCUCUGAUUGGCUAUAAGUGUCGACCGUUUGGCUUGAGCGUGUGAUGACGUUUCCAGCUUUUCUAGCCAAUCAGAAGCAAAGAAGGCGGGACUUUCCCCGGGAAAAGUCGCAAAAUCGCAUCGGGCUUGAUGUGUGUAGUCACGAUGAACGCGACCUGAGCGUCACACUGCAGUCACAUCAGAUACAUAUCUGAUUUAUAUCCACAUACAGAAGAGGCCUGGGUCGGAUCAGAACCAAUCAGAACUGACCUGUUCACACUUAGAUGAAAAACUCAGAUAUGAGUCACAGAUGGUUAAAACAACAGAACUGACCUGCAGUCUGAACGUCGACUUAUCGUCUGACCUUAUUCCCUACAUGCAGCUAUCAAAUCCACCCAAACCUACUUUACCCUCCAUCACUAAAAUCAGCCUGUGAACACGAGUCUGUAGGAAAAAACAGGUUUUGGAUCAGAGAGACAAAGAUGUCUUCAAAGAUGUCAAAGGAAAUGCUGAAGAAACGCAGAGACACGUGAUACUCAGACAAACGGAUCGUGCAGGUCCACGUUUGUUGUGUUUCAUGAAGCUCUUUGACUCUUUCAGGGCGUCUGAAGAGAAGGGAAAGUUGGACAGGAAGUCGUGAAACUGAGAGGAAGUUUAUUUUCUCACUUCGGUUUCACUUCUGUGUUUCUGGAUGAAGCUGCACGAGUGUUUAAACCUUUCAAACACAUUUCCCCGAGUUUCUCUCCAGCUCAGAUUUUCUCUCUGGUUAUUUUUAUUCCGUCUCCAUCAGGAGGUCAGUGUUUAUUUACUCUCAGACAGAGCUGGAGGUGUUUCAUCUGUGAUCUUCUCCCACUGAUGGAGAUCAUGAGAAGAAGUGGUUUCAGUGUUUUUGUGUUUCCACGUCUCAUCAUCACACCGAUCUCCUCUGUGCCGCAGCUUCGCCAUCAACAUCGGCCCCGAUGAGCAGGAUAUCACCAUGCACAUCAACCCUCGCUUCAACGCCCACGGAGACGAGAACGCCGUGGUCUGCAACUCCUACCAGGGAGGCAACUGGUGCGAGGAGCACCGCGAAGGGGGGUUUCCUUUCCAGCUGGGGGCGGAGUUUAAGGUGAGAGGAGGUUUCCUGUGUGUGUGUGUCUGCAGGAUGUUAGUGACCCCUGCUGGUGAAUGUGUGUCAUUGCAUCACUGGAGCACCAACUUCCAGACUCAUGAACAUCUGUAGUUUCUCUGCAGAGCUGAUUAAACUUCUAAAGUUCCCACCUUUCUCAUCGUGUUUGUCCUCCUUCCAGCUCGUCAUCGAGUUCACCCCUGCAGAGUUCGUGGUGACUCUCUCCGAUGGAUCCAUCAUCCACUUCCCUAACCGGAUGGGUCUGGAGAAAUACUCCUUCAUCAGCGUUGACGGAGAAGCUCGUAUCACCAGCUUAGAGAUCAAGUAG